AUGGUCAUGUGCCUCGAAGGCAUAGAAGGCAAUGGAAGCGCUACUGAAAUACCAAAGGCCAAGAGAUCUGUGCAACUGCUGCCUGCAAACUUGAGAUUAGCCGCUACAUCAUACCCGCAAAUUCAAAUAACGGUAUCCGGAGUGGAAUUUAACACGGAAGAUGCCUAUGUUGAUCGCCAAGAGGGAUAUCUUUAUGAUCGUGGCACCGUAAACAAGUUACAAUCUUACGCCCAGGCUAAGAAAAGUGCCUACGGCAAUCCCGAUUUCGUAUACCUCUUUACUGGAGAAGACCUGUACACAAGGUAUGGCGGAUACCUCACCGCCGCUGGUCUCGGAAUCGCCUUCGUGGCCAGUGUGUGCGAGUCGACCUUUGUUGGCCUGGGCGAAGACGAGGCAGGACUGUUCACUGGGAUGCACACGUUCACACACGAAACCUGUCACAUCCUCGGUGCUCGCCACGACGGAAGCGAUCCAGAUGCGGGCAUUCCUGGUCACCCUGGUUCGAAAAAUUGCCCCUGGGAUGACGGAUAUAUGAUGAGCUACGUGAACAAAGGACCCAACCACCAAGUCUUCUCAUGGUGCAGCUUGCAACAGAUGGAAUUCGUAGUGCGCCUUAGGGGACCGAAGUGCUGGGCGCACGGCGACGAGGAGAAUGUGGUGGAGCACGUCUACCCUGGAAUGGCCGUCAGCAUGAAGGAGUUUUGUAUGAACAUAUACCGAGAGGAUAAAUCCUACGUGGAGUUUGACAAGUCCGAAGUCAACCCUAUGACGUGCAGGGUGAAGUGUAGAUACAACAAAUAUACAUGGCACGAUUACUAUCGUACUAACCCCGAGACAAUGACUAGGGAAGAUGAAGCACUGGACCACACGCCUUGCGGAAAGAAUAUGGUUUGUAUGCAAAGCAUCUGUAAGGAACAACCAAAGGAGACAAGAUUUGAAGAGAGAGCUUCAAGAUCGAUUGCUACUGAUGUAGUCGGGGAUGCAAAAAUGCAAGAACGGAACACGUUAAAUCAGCAACGCAGGUACGAAGAAUAAUAAAAUGG